UAGACAGAUAGAUAUAUAGAUAGAAAGAUACAUAGAUACAUAUAUAUAUAGACGGAUAGGCCUAUAGAUAUUGUAUUUUCAAUCUAAUUUGCAUAACAUCUUUAUGAAGACUUUCCGUUGAGAACGAAGCUUAUCUGAGCCAACGUCAGGAGCAAGUGGAUGGGACGUGUUGUGUGUUCUCACUCGGUCUGUGACGGCGCUAGGAGACGGAGACUCCAGUAGUGUAAGCUUCCGUCAGGUCUCGGCAGAGAGUCCAUUCAAAUACCUCUCGACUGAUGUUGAACAUCCGAAAAACCAUCACGAAAGUAACCCGCGGGACAUGUAAAGUAUGAAACGUCCAUACAGCCCCACCACUCUCCCAGACUCCGAAGCGGACCACCCAGCCCGGGGGGUCUCCUCCUCCUCCUCCUCCUCCUCCUCCUCCUCCUCCUCCACGUCGGUGGCGUUGGUGGCCGUCCUGGGUGGAGAGAUGAACAGCCAUGCAGAGCACCACCACCACCACCACCAACUCCUCCUCCACCACCAGCAGCAGCACCAGCACCAGCACCACCAGCAGAGCUGCGGCGACUCCCAGACGGAGGCUUUAGUACCGGAGGAGCGGCCAGCGGGGGGCGCCCUGCCCUCCGCGCACCACAGAGCCAAGCGGGAGCGGAAGACGCGCAGCUACACGCUGUGUGACGUGUGCAACAUCCAGCUGAACUCCCCCGCGCAGGCCCAGAUCCACUACAGCGGCAAGUCCCAUCAGAAGAGGCUGAAGCAGAUCAGCAACGGCAAGGUCCCUGCCAGCGGCCAAGGUACCACGGCCCAGGCCAGCCCUCUCCUGGCCUCCCUGCCCGUCCCGGGGCGGGCCCUGCAGCCACAGCUGGACCUAAAGCACUUCCUGCCGUUCAGACUCAACGGCUCGUCGCCCCUCAGCCUCUUCCCCAACUUCAACACAGCCUGGCUGCCUGGCUCUGGACAGGCUGUGUGCACAGCAGGACGGCUGCUUCAGAUGGACCCUGUGCAGAAGGCUGUGAUCAACCAUACAUUUGGUGUCCCCCAGCCUCUCAAGAAAAAGCAAAUUAUCUCCUGCAACAUCUGCCACUUGCGUUUCAACUCCACGAACCAGGCAGAGGCCCACUACAAGGGACACAAGCACGCCCGUAAGCUAAAAGCCAUCGAGGCCCAGAAGAACCGCCAGCGCCGGUCCGGGGAAGCCUCGUCCGCCGGGAGGGAUCGGGACCGCGAGAAGGACCGCGAGAGAGACCGCGACCGCGAGAGGAACAAGACCACCACCAUCCCCGAGACGCCGCCCAACUUGAUGGAGGGAGCAAGUAUCAUCAGUCUGCCCGCUCUGGAAGCGCCCGACCAGGAGGUGAAGAUGGAGGAGAGCCCCCCCAGCAGCUCAGCCAUGCUGACGCCCGAGUCCGAGGUCUCCUCCGGGGACUCCGUGGCUCUGUCGCCUCCCCAGGUGUCACCCUCCCCGCAGCAGCCCUCCGAGACCGCCUCCGACGCCGGGACCCCAGAGUCCGUCGGUUCCGUGGGCACGGACCCGGGGACCGACCCGGGGACCGACCCGGGCACGGUGAGCCCCGGGCUGACCGUGCCCGCGGAGGGUGAGGCGUGCACGGAGGAAGACAAGGACGACGCCAUGAAGGGCAAAGCACACCUCCACUGCCCGGUCUGCAAGGUCACAGUCAACUCCACCUCCCAACUGGACGCGCACAACACCGGCACCAAGCACAAACUGAUGCUGGAGGGUCAGCCUGUGCAGCCGCGGCGCCGGGGCAAAGCGGUGGCGGCCCGGUCCGCCUGCAAGAGCAAGCGGCUGGGCACCAAGGGCAGCGUGGGGGUGCCCAGCAAGAACUUCCAGUGUGAGGUGUGCGAGAUCUUCGUCAACUCCGAGACCCAGCUCAGUCAGCACAUGAACAGCAGGAGGCACAAGGACCGAUUGGCAGGCAAACCCCCCAAACCCAAGUUCACCCCCCACAACAAGACCCCGCAGAGCACCAGCUUAGCGAGCGUCCGGUGGAGUGGCUAUGCGGGCGGGGCGGUGUCGGCCAUGAAGAAAGUGUUCAGCCAAUACAACCUCACCUCCCUCUCCUCGCAGACCAAGCUGGCCUUGCAGAAGCAGCUCACCAAGACCCUGACCGCCACGAGCUUCCUGCCCAGCGCGCUCACCCAGCCGGCACUGUGCGCCAUGGCUGCCAACCCCCUGGCCCUGAGGCACCCGGGCGGCACCACCACCUUCAUCCAGAACCCCUUCCUGGGACCCACACUGUUCCGGCCCGCCCCAGGGCCUCUGAGGGCCACGCACACGCCCAUCCUCUUCUCCCCCUACUGAAAACAAAACAGAAAGCCGGGGCUGGCUCCCUAUUCGUCCACCCAGGGUUAAUGACCGCAAUGUUACCCCCCACCCCCCCACCCCUACCCACCCCCCAUUCAUCCUUAGUGUGACCAACUCCAUAAGGGCCACACACUGAAAACUAUGCAGCCCAUCUGACCUAAGACAGAGAGAGAGAGAGAGAGAGAGAGAGAGAGAGAGAGAGAGAGAGAGAGAGAGAGAGAGAGAGA